GUUCUUCUCAGGAGACGGUUGUUGCCAAGAGCUCAUGAUGCCGUAUCCGGACGAGAGAUAUUGUUCCGCUUGCAGCGGUGUUUGAAGAACAAUGCAGGCCGAUACAAAAGCAACGCUCAUCCAGCGACGGCAAUGUUGUCUGAGACACAGACAUCGUCUUCAACAGGAAGACCGCACGCUCCGGCCUCAUCAUACUCCGCGCGCACCUCGCCACGACCCGCCAACAACCUACACAAAGCGGUUGACGUCCACGUCUCGACCACAUCCACCACCAUGCACGCCAACCACAGCACCGCCAGAGCGCCCACCAACAGCUCCCACACCGCCGCGGCAAAACAGCCCGUCGACGCGGCGACGAAGUGGAAAUGCUGCCAGUGCGGGGCCGUGAACCCGGACACUUGGCACACGGUCUGCAGCGGCUGCGCGCACGACGGGGAAGCGUGCUUUGGGUGCACGGCGCUGUAGACAAAGAAAAACCGAUGGCGUUAGGAAGUCGUUGUACAGUACAGGGGCAUAAAAAGCAAUGAGAUAUUGAUUGAGUCGGGUGGUUUGGAAAAAGAAACUUUUUUUUUUUUUUUU